AUGCCGCCAUCAUCUGUGGCUCCCGAGAUCCCUUCUGGAUUUCCAGAUGACUAUGUGCCCAAGAGGUGCCGUCGCUGCGGCGAGUGGUCGACAAGCGAAUCAAGGUAUGAUCAGUCGAAAUCCAUGGAAAGCGCAUGGAACGGGUAUGUGGCCUGGGGUCGCGGAAGCGUGGAAUGUCCGACCGGGAACCACUGUUUGAUGUGCAAGAAGGUCGCUGAUGUGGGUGGCUGGAUCAUCAAACACGGAAGCAUGACGGCGGUGGACAAGGCGCUCGACAGCGAUCCCUGUUGCAAUCAUGAUUUCUUGCAGCAAAAGGAGAACCUGCUAGAACAGAAGGUGGCAAACCCUGCAAUGAGGUUGGGGAAGCACAAUCUGUUGAAACACCCAGAGCAGGUUACCGUGACCGAAGAGCAUAAGCAGGGCUUGCAGGCACCGAAGAAAAAAUUCAUGCUGCUCUCCGCUUACGAGAAGCGCUUCGGCGCUGCGGAUCCGGGACAAAUCAAGACCAUGCGCAUUAAGGGGCAGGAGCUGAAGGGGGUGGAUGUAAUAGACGAGAUCGACCAGGGGGUCUACACCUACAUCGACGAGGUGGCGAAUGCUGUGCAACGGCAAACCACUUUAUCCGAUGCUAACCUGGUGGUGUCUGCAGAUCAGCCGGAGAUGAUUUUCUCCGCUGCGGUUCGCCACUUGAGCACAGCACCGAAGGAUGACUCGAGUUGUGUCGUUAUCGACUCGGAGCUGGGGAACUCUUCUGCAUCAGGCGCAGGAGCUCCGGACCUGUUCUUCGGCGGCACGGCCGGUGUUGCAUCCGAGGAGGUGCCUGACAACGACGACGAGGAUGAUGAGUUCCAGCCCUUCGCUUCCUUGUUUGGUCGCCUGGCAUCCCAGUCCAAACGUGAGAGCGCGGAAAAGGCCCAGCCCGCGCCAAAGAAUCCGGGGAAGACGCGCAACAAACGGGCAGUGGGAACAACUCCGUCAACAUCGAACCACCAGUCGGAAGCAUCAGAAGCGACUACGAAGAAGAGGCGAACCGAUGUCGCCAAUGAUGGCAAUGGCGGCGGCGGCGGAGACUCCGAGUUGAUUGAGAAGUUCCAAGCGAUGUUUGCCGAUUGCAUCCUCCUGACUGGCGUGACAUCCUCGGACGAACAGGCCUUUGGCCAGUGGAGCAGAGAGAAAUUGAAGACUAUCCAGGAUGCUCGAUCUCAGAUGUAUACAAAGAAGAAAUCUCUGAAGCGCCGAAGCUCCCAGAUGUCGGAGGACGUGGGCAGUGCGCUAGACGAGUUCAUGAACAAUUUGAGUCGGGUGGCGGACCUCGUGAAAAAGAUCUCAGUAGGAUGCCCAGAAGGACGGCACGUGUACGAGGCGUUGUCAAGCCUUUGUGAGGAGCUUCAUGUUGAAGUCUCGCCUGCAGUGUGGAUGCGAGCACUGAGAGCAAUGGCGUUCGACAAUCUGAAGACAAAGGCUUGGAAAGAGUUCUUCGUCGACACGUGGACCCUCUGCCUCCAGCACCUACCUUCGGAAUCCGGCUUCUUUAACCUGGUGACCUCACAGCUUCUGCAACGCUUGAUCAAGGCCAUUUCGACAGCCAAGGGUGUGACACAGGAGUCGCUGGCGGUGGUCCGGUCGUUCGUGGAGGCUAUGGCCGAGCAGCAGAACAUUGAGAAAACUUUGCCGCGUGACAUGAGUCUCGACGACCAUUCGCGCAUGGUGAACUCGGUUAAGAUCGUCUUGGAUUUCAAUUCGUCGCCAAGCACGGUCCAAGCUGCAAUAGAAGAGAUCAAGCAGAACGUGGAACAGCAUUGGGCAGCGGGGCCAUUCGAACUUGGACACGGGAAAAAAAUCAUUGAGACAGCGCUUGCUAACUCCAAGACCAAGGAGUCCGUGGCGGGGGUGCUCGACAUGAUUGGCGAAGCGGCGACGUUGGUGUCAUUGAAGGCAGCUUUCAGCCAGGACCACGGUGCGCAGGUCACGGCCUAUUUGCGGAAGUUGCACGACAAGCCUGUCAAGUGUUUGCGCGGUGCCGAUCGGGAUAAGCUACUUCGUGUUCAGAAGACUGCUAAGCAAGCAGUUUUGGCGAUUGUGUUUGGCUGCCUGAACAAUGAGCUUCUGCCCUAUCUGAACGAGCUAAGCCGUUGCCUUUCAGCGAAGGAGACCUGUGCAUCAACAAUGUUGCCAUCGAGCUGUUGCAUCAUGCAGCUUGCUGACGAUUGCGGUCAGUACUGUAGCAACGGCGAGGGGAUGGUCUUGAACAAGCUGAAGGACUUGAGCGAGUUCGCAUCAACUCUGGCUGAGAAGUGCAGCGCAGAGUCAGUUCCAGAGGCGGAAGCAUCAGCUUUGUCAUCGCAGUGGAAAACUAAGGCCUGGAUUUUCAACAGGACGCUGGACAUUUGUGCCACCAAGGCUACCGCCGCCGCCCCAGACGGCGAGGAUGCAACGAGGAUGGCAUCCAUUUUGACGACGGUCCAAUCGUCGUGUGACACGGUGAGCAGUGCUAUCGAUAUUGCAUUGCGAGGUCAUGUGAAAGACAAAGCCAUGUCAAACAUCGACGAGCUCAUCAAAACUGUCGUGGCGGUGGUGUCGAAUGUCGAUGGGCCCGGUCCGACUGCUGAGGACACGACGAACUUCUUUGCCAAGAUCGAAGCAGCCAAGCUGGCGUCAACAGUCUUAGGCGAGGAUGGAGCCACAGUCAGGAAUGGCACCGAAGCACUGGCUCUGCUAUACACGUGCCUCACAAGCAGUGUAUCUGCUCGUGAUCGAGAACCCAACACGGUGAUCGAGGAGAAGAUCAUCGUCGACUUCAUCAUGUCGUGCAACAAAUUGGUUGACAUGGAUUACUCAGAUGCAUGGGCCAAGCUGAACUCAGUGACUACAGUAGUUUCGGACGAAGCGCUGGCUAUCUUGACUCAGUCAGCAACAACCAUGCGCGACCUGAGGGACACCGAGUUCACAACGCUGUCGACUGCAAUCAAGGAGCAUCUGGACGGUGCGGCAAUCGACGAAAGCACGGUCGAGAUUCAUGAUGGCAUCUACGCGAUCGAGUCAUUCGAUGACAUUGCAAAGACCAAGGACUCCUUGACAGAUGUCCACUUCAGUAUGUCAAAAACCACUGAGGUCUCUACUCAAGCUACGAAGCUCGAGGAAGCGAUUCGGCAUGCCAAGGAGAUUGCGUCUGGCAUGGGUAUGAAGGUUGAAGACGUGGUGCCCAACCUCGUGAACCAUGAGACUAGCUACCGGAGUGCUUUGAAGUGGCUGGUCACAGGCAACAUGCUUUACUCGUUGACCAGCAAGGCCGUGCGAAGGGCUUUGCAGACCCAGACAAAGCCAAAUGGGAAAGCAAUCACUUCGCUGAAAGAUGCCCUCGCUGCAGCGGCGGACAACAACUUGGAGGUCCCUGUGUCGCUGCAGGCACUUGCGUCGAAGAUCAUUCAGUUCGACGUGAAGGCGGAGGCCCAAGCCAAUGCAGCACAGUGA